CCAGUAUUCACGUCGAUCUGCUUACUCUCGCUCCACUCCAAGCUGCUAAGACUUGUUUUCUCCCCAUAGAAAAGCGUCUUCAGGUGAACCAACCAUGCCGUUCGGUAACACGCACAACAAGCUGAAGAUGAACUACUCAUCGGACCAGGAGUUCCCCGACCUCACCAAGCACAACAACCACAUGGCCAAGAUCCUCACCCCGGAGAUUUACUCCAACCUGCGGGACAAAGAGACGCCUAGCGGCUUCACCCUGGAUGACGUCAUCCAGACCGGCAUCGACAAUCCAGGCCACCCCUUCAUCAUGACGGUGGGCUGCGUGGCGGGAGACGAGGAGACCUACGAGGUGUUCAAGGAGCUGCUGGACCCCGUGAUCGAAGACCGCCACGGAGGGUACAAGCCCUCUGACAAACACAAGACCGACAUCAACCCGGACAACCUGCAGGGCGGAGACGACUUGGAUCCCAACUACGUGCUGAGCUCCAGGGUGAGGACGGGGAGGAGUGUUCGCGGGUUCUGCCUGCCGCCCCACUGCAGCCGCGGGGAGAGACGCGCCAUCGAGGACCUCUCCAUCCAAAGUCUGGACGUCCUGGACGGGGACCUGAAGGGAACGUACUACGCCCUGAAGAACAUGACAGAUGAGGAGCAGCAGCAGCUCAUCGACGACCACUUCCUGUUCGACAAGCCCGUCUCCCCCCUGCUCCUGGCCUCCGGGAUGGCCCGGGACUGGCCCGACGGUCGUGGCAUCUGGCACAACGAGGGAAAGACCUUCUUGGUCUGGGUCAACGAGGAGGACCACCUCAGGGUCAUCUCCAUGCAGAAGGGAGGCAACAUGAAGGAGGUCUUCAACCGCUUCUGCACCGGCCUCACAAAGAUCGAAUCCCUGUUCAAGGACCGAGGACACGAGUUCAUGUGGAACGAGCACCUGGGAUACGUCCUCACCUGCCCCUCCAACCUGGGCACCGGGCUGCGCGCCGGCGUCCACGUCAAGAUCCCCAACCUCAGCAAGCACGAGUCCUUCGGAGAGGUCCUCAAGAGGCUGAGGCUCCAGAAGCGUGGAACAGGUGGCGUGGACACCGCCGCAGUGGGCGGAGUCUUCGACAUCUCCAACGCCGACCGGCUGGGCUUCUCGGAGGUGGAGCUGGUGCAGAUGGUGGUGGACGGUGUCCGACUGAUGGUGGACAUGGAGAAGCGCCUGGAGGCCGGCCAGGCCAUCGACGACCUCAUGCCCGAGCAGAAGUGAACUCUGACCCACUAUAACCCUUGACCUAUAUCCCCCGCCCCCCCACCCCCACCCCACUCCCAUCCACAACAACCACCCCCCUCACGUCAUUCACCUAUACCCCUCCCUCCCUUCCUUCGUAUAUAUAUAUAUUUAUAUAUAUGAAUAUAUAUAUCAGAAACCAAUAAUGUAAAGUACAAGAGGGAGACUCCAUUCUGUCCUGCGAUAGCUUCGUCUUCCAACAGCAGCUCUGGAGGGGUUUUCUAUCUUCUGUUCACGUAGUUGUUGGAUGAACACCUCAAAUAAAGUCUUUGGCCCAAUCCA